AUGGGUCUAAGUUUCAUCAUUUUCCGGUCAUCAUCAUUUUCCAAUCGUAUUGUUGCUCUAUGUGAUGCCUCCGCGGAGGCCGCUAGUCGCGCCAAGGGGGCUUUUCUCGCCACCAGGAUGCAUGUCAUGUCUGCAGUAGCCAGGCGCUGGUGGGCUGCCAGAGCUGUAGUCUGCAGCUUUCAAAGAGUGCCGCAGGAACUGUAUGGUUUGCGACAGCACCAGGAGGAGCUGAGGAGGGAAGUGCGUGGGUGGAGGCAGCAGGUGGUGCAAGACAAGGAGGAAGGAGAACAAGGAAUGGAUGCAAUACGGAGGGAGGUGCAGGUGGUGAGGGAGGAGAGGGCACGGGAGGUAUUGAAGCUGGUGGAGAAGGUGGAUGAGAUGAGUCAGCAAUGGAGCCAGAAUCUGGACGAUCAGAUGAGCGGAUUGAGAGUUGUGCUAGAAGCAACGAGGAGGGACGUGAGAGUGGCACGGGAGGAAGGGGCUGAUGAGAUGAGGAGGGUUUUGGGGAAGGCUGAAGAGGUGAGGCAGCAGUGGGGAAGGGGAUUGGAUGAUGAUGUGGGGAAGUUGGUGGGGAGGAUGGAAGAGAUGCAGCAAAGGAUGGAGCAACGGUGGAGGGAGGAGUUCAAACAUGAAGUUCUCACCGCCUCUCUGAAAGAGGAGCUGGGAAGAACAAGGAGAGAGAUGCUGACGGCAAAGGAGGAAAGGGCAUGGGAAAUGCGAGAGGUGAUGGGGAAAAUGGAAGAGUUGAAGCAUUCAAUGAUACUAGAGUUGAGGCAUGAGAAGGAGCAGGUGGAGAAGGCGAGGAGGGAGAAGGAGCAGGCUGAGAAGGCGAGGAGGGAGGAGGAGCAGGCUGAGAAGGCGAGGAGGGAGGAGGAGCAGGCUGAGAAGGCGAGGAGGGAGGAGGAGCAGGCUGAGAAGGCGAGGAGGGAGGAGGAGCAGGCUGAGAAGGCGAGGAGGGAGAAGGAGCAGGCUGAGAAGGCGAGGAGGGAGAAGGAGCAGGCGGAGAAGGCGAGGAGGGAGGAGGAGCAGGCUGAGAAGGCGAGGAGGGAGGAGGAGCAGGCUGAGAAGGCGAGGAGGGAGAAGGAGCAGGCUGAGAAGGCGAGGAGGGAGGAGGAGCAGGCUGAGAAGGCGAGGAGGGAGGAGGAGCAGGCUGAGAAGGCGAGGAGGGAGGAGGAGCAGGCUGAGAAGGCGAGGAGGGAGGAGGAGCAGGCUGAGAAGGCGAGGAGGGAGGAGGAGCAGGCUGAGAAGGCGAGGAGGGAGAAGGAGCAGGCUGAGAAGGCGAGGAGGGAGAAGGAGCAGGCUGAGAAGGCGAGGAGGGAGAAGGAGCAGGCUGAGAAGGCGAGGAGGGAGAAGGAGCAGGCGGAGAAGGCGAGGAGGGAGAUGGAGCAGGCUGAGAAGGCGAGGAGGGAGAUGGAGCAGGCUGAGAAGGCGAGGAGGGAGAUGGAGCAGGCUGAGAAGGCGAGGAGGGAGAUGGAGCAGGCUGAGAAGGCGAGGAGGGAGAAGGAGCAGGCUGAGAAGGCGAGGAGGGAGAAGGAGCAGGCUGAGAAGGCGAGGAGGGAGAAGGAGCAGGCUGAGAAGGCGAGGAGGGAGGAGGAGCAGGCUGAGAAGGCGAGGAGGGAGGAGGAGCAGGCUGAGAAGGCGAGGAGGGAGGAGGAGCAGGCUGAGAAGGCGAGGAGGGAGAAGGAGCAGGCUGAGAAGGCGAGGAGGGAGGAGGAGCAGGCUGAGAAGGCGAGGAGGGAGAAGGAGCAGGCUGAGAAGGCGAGGAGGGAGAAGGAGCAGGCUGAGAAGGCGAGGAGGGAGAUGGAGCAGGCUGAGAAGGCGAGGAGGGAGAUGGAGCAGGCUGAGAAGGCGAGGAGGGAGAUGGAGCAGGCUGAGAAGGCGAGGAGGGAGAUGGAGCAGGCUGAGAAGGCGAGGAGGGAGAAGGAGCAGGCUGAGAAGGCGAGGAGGGAGAAGGAGCAGGCUGAGAAGGCGAGGAGGGAGAAGGAGCAGGCUGAGAAGGCGAGGAGGGAGGAGGAGCAGGCUGAGAAGGCGAGGAGGGAGAAGGAGCAGGCUGAGAAGGCGAGGAGGGAGGAGGAGCAGGCUGAGAAGGCGAGGAGGGAGGAGGAGCAGGCUGAGAAGGCGAGGAGGGAGAAGGAGCAGGCUGAGAAGGCGAGGAGGGAGAAGGAGCAGGCUGAGAAGGCGAGGAGGGAGGAGGAGCAGGCUGAGAAGGCGAGGAGGGAGAAGGAGCAGGCUGAGAAGGCGAGGAGGGAGGAGGAGCAGGCUGAGAAGGCGAGGAGGGAGGAGGAGCAGGCUGAGAAGGCGAGGAGGGAGGAGGAGCAGGCUGAGAAGGCGAGGAGGGAGGAGGAGCAGGCUGAGAAGGCGAGGAGGGAGGAGGAGCAGGCUGAGAAGGCGAGGAGGGAGAAGGAGCAGGCUGAGAAGGCGAGGAGGGAGAAGGAGCAGGCUGAGAAGGCGAGGAGGGAGAAGGAGCAGGCUGAGAAGGCGAGGAGGGAGAAGGAGCAGGCGGAGAAGGCGAGGAGGGAGAUGGAGCAGGCUGAGAAGGCGAGGAGGGAGAUGGAGCAGGCUGAGAAGGCGAGGAGGGAGAUGGAGCAGGCUGAGAAGGCGAGGAGGGAGAUGGAGCAGGCUGAGAAGGCGAGGAGGGAGAAGGAGCAGGCUGAGAAGGCGAGGAGGGAGAAGGAGCAGGCUGAGAAGGCGAGGAGGGAGAAGGAGCAGGCUGAGAAGGCGAGGAGGGAGGAGGAGCAGGCUGAGAAGGCGAGGAGGGAGGAGGAGCAGGCUGAGAAGGCGAGGAGGGAGGAGGAGCAGGCUGAGAAGGCGAGGAGGGAGAAGGAGCAGGCUGAGAAGGCGAGGAGGGAGGAGGAGCAGGCUGAGAAGGCGAGGAGGGAGAAGGAGCAGGCUGAGAAGGCGAGGAGGGAGAAGGAGCAGGCUGAGAAGGCGAGGAGGGAGAUGGAGCAGGCUGAGAAGGCGAGGAGGGAGAUGGAGCAGGCUGAGAAGGCGAGGAGGGAGAUGGAGCAGGCUGAGAAGGCGAGGAGGGAGAUGGAGCAGGCUGAGAAGGCGAGGAGGGAGAAGGAGCAGGCUGAGAAGGCGAGGAGGGAGAAGGAGCAGGCUGAGAAGGCGAGGAGGGAGAAGGAGCAGGCUGAGAAGGCGAGGAGGGAGGAGGAGCAGGCUGAGAAGGCGAGGAUGGAGAAGGAGCAGGCUGAGAAGGCGAGGAGGGAGAAGGAGCAGGCUGAGAAGGCGAGGAGGGAGAAGGAGCAGGCUGAGAAGGCGAGGAGGGAGAAGGAGCAGGCUGAGAAGGCGAGGAGGGAGGAGGAGCAGGCUGAGAAGGCGAGGAGGGAGAAGGAGCAGGCUGAGAAGGCGAGGAGGGAGGAGGAGCAGGCUGAGAAGGCGAGGAGGGAGGAGGAGCAGGCUGAGAAGGCGAGGAGGGAGAAGGAGCAGGCUGAGAAGGCGAGGAGGGAGAAGGAGCAGGCUGAGAAGGCGAGGAGGGAGAAGGAGCAGGCUGAGAAGGCGAGGAGGGAGAAGGAGCAGGCUGAGAAGGCGAGGAGGGAGGAGGAGCAGGCUGAGAAGGCGAGGAGGGAGAAGGAGCAGGCUGAGAAGGCGAGGAGGGAGGAGGAGCAGGCUGAGAAGGCGAGGAGGGAGAAGGAGCAAUGGCCACAGCUAAGAUCAAAGCAGCUGCGGGAUUGCAUUCAAUACUACUUUCCAGAGCUGCUAGAGGAGGAGGACGAUGACUCUGAGCUAAUGGCAGAGGAAUGUCAGAGAAGGUUGGAAAAGUGGCAGCUGGCAGAGGAAUUUGAACACGUCUUUGAGCGAGCGCAGGGAAAGAGGGCAGAGAAGGUGGAGAAGGCAAGGGAGCGUAGGCGGGUGGAGUUUAGGCAGAAGGACUGGAAGCAGAGAAAGGAGAGAGAAGUGGCUAUUGAUAGGAAGAGGGAGAGGUUGCAGAGAAUGGAGAUUAUGACCGGAGAAGUGGAGGAGAAAAAGGUCGUGACGGGUGAGGAGGAGAGCUUAGAGGACGAAAAGAUUGAUGGCGGUAAGGAUGAUGUGACAACCUUGACACAACACAACUAG